AUGUCAGUAGAGCACAGAGUGGUGUUUUCGGAUAGGGCGUCAAGUGGGGAGAGUAGGGCGACGAGUGGGGCUGAUACGGCGUCGUUUGGGGGUGGUGGGUCGUUGCCGGAGGUUUCGCAUUUAGGUUGGGGACGGUGGUACACUUUGAGAGAGCUUGAGGCGGCCACUAAUGGUUUGUCUGAUGAGAAUGUGAUCGGAGAAGGCGGAUACGGGAUUGUGUAUGGUGGUGUUUUGGCAGAUAAUACUCGCGUGGCUGUGAAGAAUUUGUUGAAUAACAAGUACUAUUUCUUUUCUUAA